AUGUUCAGAGGUUCCAUGAAGAAAGCGUGCAGAUACCUGAUCCUAAUGAGCAGGUCACACAUCGCCGCUUUCACCCAUGGGCUCGUUUCCGGGGUGUUCAACACGGGGAUUCACAAGAAAUAUCCCCGCACCCUCCACGAGCUGUGGUUAAAGGUUGAGAAGGGCAUACAAGCCGAAGAUCUCAACCGCAUGAAAAAGGAGGUUCAAGCUGCUCGCCCGAGGGCCGACCCCCGAAAGGGAAAAGAGCUUGGCCGAACUGAGGUGGGGACGGGCAGUGGCUUCCAAAGUCCUGCCCGAGAUCGCCGCAGUGUGUUUGACAGGAUAUCUAAGGGAAAGGCAUCUAUCCCCGAGUCUGAACUAACUCCUUUGAACACUAGCCGGUCUCGGGUGCUAUCCAUAAUGGAACAAAAUAACCUUGGAAAGGCACCCCCCAAGAUGCAGGGCAACAGGGACAAGAGGAACUCGACCCUCUAUUGCUUAUAUCACCGAGAUAUAGGACAUGAAACCGAGGACUGCAACGAUCUCAAGAGAGAGAUCGAGAACCUCAUUAGACAAGGCCACCUCAAGCAGUUCAUCCGCCUAAGUGGAGGUCAUCCGCGUGAUGAGAAUCAACGUGAUAAGCGAGGUGACCAACUCCAAGAUGAGAGGUGGACGUCGAGAACCAGUUGCCAACCUCCUGAGGAUCCUAGGGAGUCGAAGAGGCCACCCGGAGACGGAUCCUCAGGUCAAGGAUUAGGAUAUGGACCAAAUAUUGCCGGAGUCAUCAACACCAUUGCCGGAGGUCCGACGGGAGGAGAUAGUCAAAACUCUCGGAAGAGGACCUACAGACAAGCCAACCCGGAUCAGGCUGAGUCGAGCUCUCGCCUGUCCGAGGUGAUUACUUACGGGCCCAGUGAUCCCGUCCCAGCUGCCUCCAGCAGUCAUGAAGCUUUGGUGAUUGAAAUCCUCACCAAUAACUAA